AUGACGCGCUCCUGGGUUGAGAUACCAGAGAAUUCUGACUUCACACUUGACAAUCUGCCAUAUGGAGUCUUCUCAACGAGCUCAAGGCCACCAAGGUGCGGGGUUGCCAUAGGAAAUUUAGUCCUGGACUUGUCAGUUGUCACUUGCCUGCUCCGGGGCAUUGGAGGCUUGGACCCAUCGUGCUUCUCAAAGCCAGCCUUGAAUGAAUUCAUGGCAUGUCCUUCAUCUGUUUGGAAAGCUACAAGAGAAAGACUCAUGGACCUUCUCAGAGAAGGAGGAAGCAGGGAAUUAAGAGACGAUCCUGUAAUGGCAUCCAAGGCAUUCGUCAAGUUAGAUACAGUGAAGAUGCAUCUUCCGGCUGUCAUACCAGACUACACAGACUUUUACUCUUCCAGAGACCAUGCGUUCAAUUGCGGGUGCAUGUUUCGUGAUCCAGCGAAUGCCUUGCAGCCCAACUGGCUACACCUUCCUGUUGGAUACCAUGGCCGCGCAUCUACCGUAUUCGUCAGCGGGACCGAGAUCGUUCGCCCACGAGGUCAGUUGCAGAAGGAUAAAGGAGACCCAAAGAAAGGAAGCGAGUACGGUCCAUGCAAGAACCUGGACUUUGAAAUGGAGAUUGCGUUCUUUGUAGGGGGGGAGCCCCUGAGGUUGGGUGAGACCAUAACCAUGGACAACGUUGAAGAUCGAAUCUUCGGCCUUGUCCUCAUGAACGACUGGUCUGCCAGGGACAUCCAGUCGUGGGAGUAUGUCCCACUUGGGCCCUUUGGAUCCAAGAACUUUGCCACCUCCAUAUCUCCUUGGAUCGUUCCAUAUGAGGCCUUGAAACCAUUCACCUGCGAGACCAUCUCCAGGGUUCAACAGGACCCCGAGCCGCUCGACUACUUGAAAGAUCCCAAUUACUCCUCCUUCGACAUUGACCUCACGGUCAGCAUCCAGGGUCAGGAUAUGCCUCAAGCAGAGCAGGUCUGCCGCACCAACAUGCGCAACCUUUACUGGAACAUCAAGCAACAACUGGUGCAUCACACAGUGACAGGAUGUCGGAUGAGGCCAGGAGAUCUUCUCGGUACCGGCACAAUCAGUGGGGGCGAACAAGACUCUCUUGGGAGUCUGUUGGAGAUGAGCUGGAGAGGUACUCGUGAUGUUCCGCUUGGUAGCUCUGGAGAAAACAGAAAAUUUCUCAAGGAUUUUGACAAAGUGAUUAUGAGAGGAAAAUGUCAAAAUAAGGCAAGAUCUUCCCUGCUGGCUCCAUUAUUGAAAGUAAUCCAGCGCACGUCCACCUGGAACAAGAGGUACUUGCAGCUCACGGAGUGUCACAAGUUGCGUCUAUGGGGGCAAGACGAUUUCACACUUGGAAGCUUUACGGUCAUCAGAUUUUAUUAUACCCACUAA